UCAUAUCUAAGGUACUUUGUUGAAUCCCUUGUUGAAUCUUCCUCUGAUCUUUGAUAAUUAUUCAUGAUGUUUUUUGAUCAUAGGAAACUGUUAGUUUCAGAUAAGAACACUAGAGUUCUUCUUGUGAAAGAGGCUGUUACAUCUUCAUGUUUUAUAGGUUGUCCAUCUCCUCCUCACUGGAAUGAUGGUUCAGAAGGUGAUGAAUUAUCUCCACCUCCUCCACCAAGCCAGAAGAAUAGUAUGCCUACAUUCUUGGUUCUCAUGCUUUGUAUUCUCGGAGCUGUAUUUGUUUUUAUUUGCUAUCUUGCUUUCCGUAGAAGAUACCAGACGAAUUUGAGGAAUUCUAUAAGGAUUUCAUCAUCAGCUGAUGGUGCUCGUGACGAAUUUCUUGAUGAAAAUCACGGCCCCAGGGUGCAUCAUCCCGUAUGGUAUAUUCGCACAGUUGGUUUAGAGCAAUCGGUGAUUGACUCCAUAGCUGUUUUCAAGUAUAAGAAAGGUGACGGCCUGAUUGAAGGAACUGAUUGUUCUGUUUGCUUGAGUGAGUUUGAAGAUGAUGAAUCUCUUAGGCUUUUGCCAAAAUGUAGUCAUGCUUUUCAUAUUACUUGUGUUGAUACAUGGUUGAGAUCCCACAAAAAUUGUCCACUGUGUCGUGCCCCAGUGGUUUGCGAUACUGAUGUCAAUACUAGUACAGAUGUACCUCAGAUGAAUACAUCACAGCCAGUUUUGGAUAACAGAUUGGAUACAUCAGGUCCCAGGGAAGAUGAUAGAUUGGAUAAUCAACAAGAAAGUGAUGCAGUUGCAGAAGCCAUGACUAGUGAGUUGAGAAUCGGAGUUGAAAAUAUCGGUCCAAUAUCGCAUGAAGAAGGCAAGGUUUUGGAACUGCUGAGGAAGAAUUGUAAUAAUUUUGCUGCAGGGAAGAACAGGGUUCGAGUAUUGAGUGAUUUGGCUGAUCAUCGCGUAAGGAUUGGGGAAGAAAUGCAACCAGUAAGGAGGUCACUUUCAAUGGACUUGCCUUCUGCUUCAGUGAUUUAUGCUGCAGUGGCUAAGAUUCAUCCAGUAAUAGACGAAGGGUCUUCUAGUAUUCAGGAUCUGGAAGUGAAGAAACAGAAUUUAGAAAUAGUUGCAGCAAAGCAAGGGGAUAAGAAUUCAAGCAGACAUAGAUCAAGAAAGAGUUUUUCAUUUGGGCGUUCGCUGCAGAGUGUGCCUAUGCGUAUGAAGAGGUCCUUCUCAUCCAGUGGCAAGGUCUCGAUACCCAGACAUGGCAGAAGCCAGGAGUUAGUCCGUUCAUUUUGAACCUUCCCCCACACUCAGUUCAGGUCCUCUGAAUUCUAGCUGAGGCUAAAAAUUGGUGUAUGAUGGUCCUAAACAGUUGAGGAAUUACCACUAAAACUAUUACUUUGCAGAACUGAAGUUGUAAGUGGGCUGAUUCCAAAUUUCAUCGAUCUUUGGAUGGAUCAUUCUCAAGGGAUGGCAAAUGGACUCAUUAAGAUGAUAGUUAUCUCAAAAAGCAAUAGAUUGCUAUUCAUUUUUACUUUUCUGAUGAGCAAUGAUGAUGUAUUUUAUUACUCUGAAUCAGGAAGAAAUUCAGGAAUAUCAGCUUUUGCAUAGAGCAAUGGAUUGCUAUUAGCGUGAUAAAUUGUAGGUCAUCUGUCCAGCUUCUAGUUGCAGGUUAUCUCCUUGUAAUUCAUGCUUAGUUCCCUCUUUUUCUUGUUCCUCAA